CUAAAAAUAAACUGUUUAUUUCAUUUUAGUAACUAAAAUACCAAAAACAUAAAUAAAUUAAAAUAAUUAAAAUAAUUAAAAAAAUUAAAUUUUAAAAAAAAAUUUAAAGUUUUAAAUUUUAUUUUUUUUUUUUUUUUUAGAUUUUUAACAAAAUUUUUAAUUUUUUUUUUAAGAAAUAUUUCUUAAUUACAAAGUUAUGUAGUUUUGGAAAUAAAUCAAGAUUACAGCUUGUUUAGUUUUCUUUUUUUUUUUUUUUUUCUUUUUUUUUCCCUCAUUUGUGAAAAACACCUUCACUUCUUAUUUAUAUAUUUUGUAAAUAAAUAACUUUGUAAUAACAAAACCACAUAAACACAAAUACACAUUAAAAAAAUAUCUAAAAUAAUAAUAAAAAUAAAAAAUCAAUAUUUAUGUAAAUUAUAAAAUGGCUUUGUAUCAAGAGAAUUUUUUAAUGUUAUUUGGUAAAAACUCACAUGGUCAAUUAGGUACAGAAAUUGAAGGUAAAGAAGUUAUUUAUAACCAAGAUAAUUAUACUUCUGUACCAAUGCCAUUAAUGGGGUAUACUGUUAAGAAGGUAUCAUGUGGUGUACAGCAUACUGGGUUCAUUACAACUGAAGGUAAAGUUUUUACAUUUGGUAAUGGUAGUUUUGGUAAACUAGGUAUUGGACAUACUGAAGAUGUUAGAACUCCAGAAGAAGUCUAUUCUUUGUAUGGCGUGGUAGAUAUCGAGUGUGGAAAUGAUCAUACAAUUGUAUUAGAUCGCGAAAAAAGAGUUUUCACAUGGGGCAGCGCAUCAUUAGGUCGUUUAGGAUUAGGUAAAACAUCAUCACAAUUAAAACCAGCCAAUGUUAACCUUAGACCACUAGCCACUGGAGUUUUUGCUGUUAGUGUUCAUGCUGGUGGUGCAUCAAGUGGAUGUGUUUUAAGUAAUGGCUCUUUACUUACAUGGGGUUAUAAUAAAUACAGUCAAUUGGGUAUCGAAACAACUGUUGAUCAAUAUACACCACAAUUGGUACCAUUCUUUUCUCAGCAUGUUCAAAUUUCAGAUUUUUCAAUUGGAGAUAGACAUAUGGCAGCCGUUGAUACCAAUGGAGAACUUUAUACCUGGGGAUGUAAUGAUGAAUAUCAAUUAGGUACCGGCACAUCGUUUCCAGAAAGAAAACCAACCUCUAUCAAAAUUAAAGGCUUUCAGCAAUUUAAAAAGGUACGUUGUGGUGGCGACUACACCUCUGCCGUUACUCAAAAUAAUCAACUAUAUAUUUGGGGUACCUUCGUUAGAGAAUAUUCUUCAAAUACACCAAAACACUUUAUGGACAAUGUUGUUGAUUUUGACUGCUCCUCUGAUUGUGGUAAACAUAUUAUUGCCAGAACCUCAAAUAAAGAAGUAUGGGCCUUUGGUUGGAAUCGUUAUGGUCAAUCCGGUUCAGAAGAGGACCAGCAUAUAGAUACUCUUCCUAUCUCUAAAAGCAAACUAAUUACUGGGUAUCCCGCUCAAGUCAGUACAGGCUCCUAUCAUAGUGCUUUAUUGUAUGAUAACUUUCCAAGCUUUUUAGCACAAUUACUUUGGACCAAAAAAGCAAAUAUCAUUAGCCAUAUGGAUAACAAGCAUCUAUCACACUAUACAAAGAAAUAUAUAUCAUAUAGAGAUCAUAAUGGUGACACAAUUACUCACCUUUUAGCAAAGAAAAAAUAUAGCUACAGUUCACAAGAAGUUCAAUUGUUAGAUGGCUCUCAAAACAACCAGGAAUACCUUGGUCCCAAUUUAACAGAACUUAAUGACGAGGGUUUACCACCGUUCUUUUAUGAUGCCAGUAUUUUAGAGUGGCCACUCAAGAGAUUCAAAUCACCAAUUAACUUUAUCACCAAAGAUGGUGACAACUGUCUUCACCAUUUCGCAAAACAAGGAAAAAUCGAUGAAUUUGAAAUAGCAAUUAAAUGUGGUGCAAGUCAUCGUUUGAGAAAUAAAAACUCUGAAAGACCAUUUGACCUUUUGGAUAAGAAGGAAUCGUUUUACAUCAAGAAAAAUUACAGAAUCUAUGAAAUUGGUAUCGUUUAUACCGGUGAAAAUAUCAAUUUGGCCAAUGGUUUAAAAGCUUCCCUAGAAGAGAAUUACAUCUCUUGUUGCCUCAUCGAAUUUGAAAAUCAAAAAACUGAAUGUUAUGGCUACAUUUUUUGUGUAUCAAAAUCAUCCCUCUCAAGUGCAUUCCAUACUAACUAUUUAUUAAAUCAUGUAUCCAAACAACCAAUGAUUUCGAUUUGGGCUGAAAAAACUCCAAUUAAAGACCCAUCAUUAGAAUCUUGUAUUUUCCGUUCUCAAUUGGUAGAUUUCUCAACCUAUGAUAUUUACAACGAUUCAUUCUCUAUUUUAAUGGAUGGUAUAUACAAUAUCUUUGCAAACGAAACAAAAACUAGCAGUGCAAAUGAUGAUGAAGAUGUCGAUAGCAAAUUAGAUGAUACAUCAGCACUCUCCAUUAGUGGUUCUGAAUCUGUUUUCAUCUCAUUCGAUCCAAAUAAAUAUAAACAAUUUGAACCACUCUUUCAAUUCCUUCAAGAUAAUGGUAUAGUAAUUGUACCAAGAGAGAAAAAAGUAAUUUCAAGCUGGGUUGUAAUUAUAAUUAUUUCAGAGUCUGAUUUUUCUCCACUUAUUAGAGAUGAAAUCUCAUUAGCCGAAAAUAGAGGUAAACCAAUCGUACCAAUUUAUUUUCAAGAAAAAUAUUUAGAUGAAGCCUCACGUUAUACAUUUUCAAAUUCUCCAAUUAUUCAAUUCAACGAAAAUGGUUUCAAACAAUUACUUUUACUUAUUAAAUUAAACUUUAAUUUAAUUCAUCAAACCGAAAAAUUAUUAAAAUUAAAAAAUAACAAAUAAAUUAAAUUGUUUUUUUUUUUUUUUUUUGUAAAACAAAUUAAAAAAAGUA